UGCAAUCUGCAUUUACCAUUCAGUUUAAGUAAUUCUUGAUGACUGACCUAGUCCGCUGUCCACCCUUUGCAUCCACUGUAAGUUCUACCCUGUGAUCCAGUUUUUUCUACUAACAAAAUCUACAAUGUUUCCCUCAACGAUUAUGGAAUGUAUCUUGCUGGCUGUUGUCUGUGUAAUCCACUUGUCCUCCGUCCGUGCAGCACCACUCGCUGGACUGGAUAUCCCUACCAAUGCUCAACAGGCGCAAGCUUGGCGACCUUCAUCAUCCCUCGUCCGACCGAACAUUGCGACGAAUGUCAAUUUUGGUUUCUCCUCCUCCGUGGAUCCGCGUACGGGGCUGGUUAACCUAGCUGGAGGAAUCGCCGAUGGAUUCGGUCUGGAUGCGGGUAUAUUGGCCAAGACCGUCGGGAACAGUGUGACCUUCACCGGCGGCAAUGGAUCGGCCAACGCCGGCAAUCGUAACACGGCGGUGGGCAACGGGGGAGUGCAGAGUUUGGGCCAUGUCAAUGCCUUCGUCCCGGUGAUGCCGAACGGUCUGGCCCUGUCCAAAGCCCUCACGCAGACCAACGCCAUCGGUCCCAUGAGUCAUGCCGGUGGACAUGCCGCUGGUAUUGUCGGUUAGUCUGGACGCUGUAUGAUUGUAUUUCUCUUUGUGAUAAUAUUUUCCACUAUCCUGUUUUCGGUUUUUUUUGGCGAAUGUCUUUCAAACACAGUACUUCGCUUUUUGAUAGUUCUGGCGUUUGUGGUGUUUUAUUGGGCGAAUUGUCUUUCAGAUACAGUAUUUUGCUUUUUGGUGAUUUUAGCUUACAUUGACGAUAUUUUUCGUGCCUUGGUAAUUUCGCCAUAAGUUUUUAUUUGAGUAUUUUUUUACUGUGAUUUCCGUUAUUUUUAUCGACUUUUGGAUGAUUUUCAUUAAAGCGUUCA